CAUUUCCGUGUCCCCCCCCCCCACCCACCCAGCAGCACAAGCUGUCAUGGCGGCCCGGCUGUUAAGUUUGUAUGCUCGCCGCCUUUCCGCCGCAGCGGUGAUACGAGGGCUUCCGGCUGCCCGCGUUCGCUGGGAAUCCUCCAGGGCUGUAAUCUCGCCAUCUGCUGUGGAGAGAAAGCGGCAACGAGAACCGACCAUGCUCUGGCAGGAAGACCCAGAACCCGAGGACGAAAACCUCUACGCGAAGAACCCAGACUUUCAUGGUUAUGACCAGGACCCUGUGGUGGAUGUCUGGAAUAUGCGAGCUGUCUUCUUCUUUGGUUUUUCCAUCGCCUUGGUCUUUGGUACCACAUUUGUGGCAUAUCUGCCUGACUACAGGAUGCAAGAGUGGGCCCGCCGGGAAGCUGAGAGACUUGUGAAAUAUCGAGAAGCCAACGGCCUCCCCAUCAUGGAAUCCAACUGUUUUGAUCCCAGCAAGAUCCAGUUACCAGAAGAUGACUGAUGAAUUGCUAAGCGGGGCUUAAGAAGCAUUAUUUUGUCCACCCCCUGCCCGUUAUUAUUCUGGUUUCUCAGAGCACCUUAUUAAAGGGAUUGAAAGAA